AUGAACUGGACUGGCGGUAGUCGAGCUCGAAGCGGCAAACCAUCUUCCGACACAGCCCGCAUUCAAAAAAGUUACUUUGCCAAAGUCCGUGCCAAAAACUCGACUCCUCUCGCCCAUACAGCGCUAUCUUUUGCUUUUACUGGGGAUGGCACGUCAGUUUCUGGAGGUCGAAGGAAAGCUCGUGUUCCAGAGCUCGAUAUUAUCCUAACCCAGGAAUCACAAAAGAAAAGAAAGACCUGUGAUACAUCCCACGACCUGAUGCCAUUUGAAGAAUUGGUCGAAGGGGCAGACAAAUCUAGUGAGAAUAGGACUCACAGAAGCAGUGAUAUAAAGACAAAGAAACAACGUUUAUUGGAAAAAGACAGUUGGGUGUGUACAACACUGGCACGGCCACUUGUCUUGAAGCGCAAACAAUCGGCGGUGAGUGUGCGUCCCCAGGAAAGGACUACACCUGAGAUCUUGAGAAAUCUUGAGCUGUUUCUAGAUCCCAUUAAUCAAGAAGGCAUUGGGGACGGCCAUAAAGGCCUGCCCGAGGAGCUCAACUACUCUCGCUACCCUUCACUUGAGAGGAGGUCUGUUGAAUCUGUAGGUAACGAGCAUAGAGGGUUCAACGGUGGAGUCUUCCGUAAUCUCAGUGAUGGGGGAUUCGUUCAGAUUGGUGGUGAGAGCACCCAGUUUGGAGGAAGCAAUCCAGAACAGCACGGAUUAUCAGGAAGAGAAAUGUCUGAUAUUUCUGAGGAAACAAUGCUAUUUGAUAUUGAAGGGCGCCAGGAAGAGAAUUCUCCACCCAUGCUCCUGAAAGGUCUCAAUCUGUUCGGCAAAAAGCAUGAUGUCGAAAAUUUCAGGAGGCUUCCGGAGGGUACUGGGUUUAAUCUGAAUGAUUGGAGUGUCAAUCGGGAUACGCAAAUGCACGGUGGCUACCCCUCUUCACCAUUGGCCCCGUAUUCGCAGGUCCCUCGUGAGUGGGGGUUAUCACCUCCGGCCCCGGUCAACAAAUUUGUUUCCACAGGCCGGGAAAAGGGAAGGGACAUAAUUGAAGAAAUUGAUGAAGUGGCUACAGAUAUAUGGACUAGCAGUCCAUUUGAGGCCUUACCAGCUAAACCCGUCCAGUCCAAAGUCAUGCCCUCUAGACUUGCCCAAAUCACUCAUAAUGACCAUGCUCAAGAAAGCUCCAGAGUAAAAAAACGAACGUGUAGGGAAUACUUGUCGAAUGAUAGAUUUACCCAUAGAAACAACAACCUCUUAGGCCGUCUAAUUCAGGAGGAUGUCCAGCAGACGCAGAAUCAGUCUUUAAUUGCGUAUGCAUCCUCUGGAAGCUCAUCUGCUAGUGAUGAUGAAGGCGAAGAAUGGAUGCUUGGUUCAAAUAUUUCCCCUAGAUCAUCUCAAGGAAGAAAAGUCAUUGAUUCAAUACCUACCAGGGAAGCUCAAGAUGGAUGGGAAAUGUUUUUAAAGGACCACACAGUCAAUGAAGAGGGUAUAGUGGAUGAACAUCAGGAGUCAAACCAACUGUACGGGCAAGAGCAUUCGGCAGAGUUUGACGCUCUAGAGGAACAUCCAGAGCGCGAAAACCUGGGAGAAAUCUCUCCUCAGAUUGCCAAUGAGUGCGAUGGAAACGUCGAGAGCCAGGCAAAUCAAUCACAGGAUUUUAUCAGAAGCUUAAACUUAGAAUAUAGAGAGGCGUCGGAAGUGCCUUUGGGCGAUAUACCAGUGAAGGCUCCUCCUUUGGUAAGUGAUGAAGACAAGGAAGAAAACCGGAGAGAAUUUCUUAAAUCUCCACAAGCUCAGUCGGGUGACAAUGACACGGAGGGGAAGAAAACCGUUGACCAGGAAGUUACCAUAGAGAAACCUGUAGAUACAAAGCUCAAUGAGGAGAAGGAGCCAGAAAGAACCCUCGAAUUCGACAAAGAUGAGGACAAUGCUUGGAGGGCAUUCGUAUUUGCUGGUCUCGAUGACGAAGUCGAGCCAGAACUCGCACCACCUAAGCCACCGGAACCAAUUCGCCGGCGCACAACAAUGCCGCUGAAAUCAUCCUUGAAGCCUCCAAAAGUUAUAUUAUCCUCUAGCUCAGAUCUGGAACCUGAACUCCCGGUCAACUGUAGUCCGAAAGAAAACACCUACGCCCCUUCAAUGGCUGGCGCUACUGUGGGAUCGGGAUCGGGCCCCAGCUCAGAGGGUACUAGUUCAGUAACUGGUAGCUCACCUAUAGCUCAAAAGACGUCAAAGUUCUUCAACUCUGGACAUAAUAUAGCUUCUUCACCACCUACAGUUCCGGCAGGAACUGCGCCCAUAAGGUCGAGGAGCAUGCUUCCGCUCGGCUGGAGGGGACAGGGUAAUUUGCACUUGAGAAGUCAGAAGAAACUUUCAAAAAGAGAGAGGGGUGUUCGGGAAGAUCCGAUAGAGAAUUAUGAUGGAAAAAAGGCUGCGGAAGAGGACUUUGAGGAUAUUGAGGAUUGGUAG